AGUAAUCCCCCACAGGCCCGUGUGUAGUGGUGUAGCAGAGAAACGCGAGUUUGGGUUCGUGGAGGGAUGAUCCGAGGGCUGCGCACUGACUUCCCAGCCCCGCCGCUCUCACUAAGUGACUCUGACUUAUUGAGGGCUGCUUUUGAGGACGCGGGGCCUGAGGCUGACCGAGGGAGGUCCCCGCUGCUUCCCGCCACCCAAGCGGUGCCUCAUGGAGUCUACGUUCAGCAGCCCCGCUGAGGCAGCGCUGCAGCGAGAGGCGGGUGCCGCAGGGCUGCUCACUCCUCCGGAAGACCUGGACCGCGUCUACGAGCUGGAGCGAGUCGCUGGAUUUGUCCGCGACCUGGAGUGUCGGCGGGUGGCCUUGCAGUUCCCUGACCAGCUAUUGGGAGAUGCUGGGGCCGUGGCUGCACGAUUGGAGGGGACCACAGGGUCGAAGAUGUUCAUUCUGGGAGACACGGCCUAUGGAAGCUGCUGUGUGGAUGUACUGGGUGCUGAGCAAGCUGGAGCUCAGGCCCUUGUACAUUUUGGCCCUGCCUGCUUAAGCCCUCCAGCCCGCCCACUGCCUGUGGCCUUCGUCCUUGGUCAACGUUCUGUGCACUUGGAGCUCUGCGUCAAGGCCUUUGAGGCCCAGAACCCAGACCCCAAAGUGCCUGUGGUGCUGCUAAGUGAGCCGGGCUGUGCCCACGCCUUGGAGGCCUUGGCCACUCUUCUGCGCCCGCAGUACCUGGACCUGCUUGUCUCCAGCCCAGCUCUUCCACUGCCAGUGGGCUCCUGUAGGCCGGAGCCUGAGCCCCUGGAGCGUUUUGGGCGCCGCUUCCCCCUGGCUCCAGGGAGGUGUCUGGAAGAAUAUGGUGCCUUCUAUGUGGGGGGCUCUGAAGCCAGUGCUGACCUUGACCUUGACCCAGACCUGAGCCGGCUGCUCUUGGGCUGGGCACCAGGGCAGCCCUUCUUCACCUGCUGUCCGGAUACAGGGCGGACUCAGGAUGAAGGUGUCCGGGCUGGGCGGCUAAGGGCACGUAGACACUAUCUGGUAGAGAGGGCCAGAGAUGCCCGUGUGGUAGGGCUGUUGGCAGGGACACUGGGUGUGGCCCGACACCGUGAGGCACUGGCACACUUGCGGAACCUGGCUCAGGCUGCAGGCAAGCGUAGCUAUGUGUUGGCCCUGGGGCGGCCCACACCUCCCAAGCUCGCCAACUUCCCUGAGGUGGAUGUCUUUGUGCUCUUGGCCUGCCCUCUUGGUGCUCUAGCUCCACAGCCUUCUGGUGGCUUCUUCCGGCCUGUAUUGGCACCAUGUGAGCUGGAAGCUGCCUGCAACCCUGCCUGGCCACCUUCAGGCCUGGCUCCCCACCUCACACAUUACGCGGAUUUAUUGCCUGGCUCUCCCUUCCACGUGCCCCUCCCACCACCUGACUCGGAACUGUGGGACACCCCAGCUGUGUCACUUAUUACUGGGGAACUCCGACCCCCACCUGCGUGGAAGCCCUCAGAUGAUCCUGGGUGUUUGGCCCUGACCUUGCGGCCCCAGCUAGAGCUGGCUGAGAGCAGCCCUGCAGCCUUGUUCCUUAGUUCCCGGAGCUGGCAGGGGCUGGAGCCCCGUCUGGGUCAGACACCGGUGACAGGAGCUGUGAGUGGAAGACGAGGGAUUGCCAUCGCCUACGAGAAUGAGGGAAGCAGCUGAUACCGUGUGGGGCCAGAGACACAGAUGGACUUAAGAAUUGCUGCAAAAACCUCCCUGCAUCAACCUCACUCCUCUGCUAGGAUCCUUGAAGGAGCCUGGAUGCAGGGAAGAGCAGACAGCCCCUCAUUGAGGAAGGGAAUCCUGCUCUGUCCCUGUCCUGGCCCUGGCACAAGGCUUAGCAUAUAGUGGCUUAAUAAAUACCUGUUGGACUGAUGGGA